AAAUAUCACUGUGAAAAUAUCUACCUUCGCAAAUUAGCUCCAACUAUAAAUAGCCUCCUCUCCCAAUACAAUCUGUAUAUAAUCCACAACCAAAAAUGGAGGCGUCUUGGUUGGUUUCAGCCUUUACAUGGCUAACUUUUUUAGUCAUAAUUAUUUCAAAUAUAAUCCAUUAUCGUCGUCCUAAACAAAACCUUCCACCAGGCCCUACACCAUGGCCUAUCAUUGGCAACCUAAACCUACUUGCUGGUUCAAUCCCACACCAAUCUCUCCACUUAUUAUCCCAAAAAUAUGGAGAAUUAAUGCAACUUAAAUUUGGUUCUUAUCCAGUUUUGGUUGCUUCAUCACCUGAAAUGGCCAAACAGUUCCUUAAAACACACGAUACAGUUUUUGCUUCUCGGCCUGCACUGGCUGCUGGUAGAUAUACCAGUUAUAAUUUCUCAGAUGUGACAUGGGCGCCUUAUGGAUUACACUGGAGACAGGCUCGAAAGAUUUAUCUUACGGAGAUCUUUUGCUCUAAACGACUUGACUCGUAUGAAUAUAUUCGUAUCGAGGAAAGGCAUAACUUUCUUUCUCGUCUUUAUGCUCUUUCAGAAGUUCGAGUGAAUGGUUGCGGGAACCCAAUUGUGCUGAGAGAACAAUUAUCUCGUUUUAGUCUCUCAUCUAUAACAAGGAUGGUACUAAGCAACAAAUACUUCAGUGAAUCAAAAUGCGAUGACCAGGGUUCCGUAAUAACGCUAGAUGAACUUCAAGGGUUGUCAGACCAGUGGUUUUUGUUGAAUGGUGUGAUCAAUAUUGGAGACUGGAUACCCUGGUUAGGUUUCUUGGACUUGCAGGGAUAUGUUAAGCAAAUGAAGGAUCUGUACAAAAAAUUCAACAGAUUUCACGAAUAUGUUCUCGAUGAUCACAAGGCUAAAAGGGAUGCAAAUGUCAAGGAUUUUGUUCCUAAAGACAUGGCAGAUGUUUUGCUGCAGCUUUCUGAGGAUCCUAAUCUUGAGGUUAAACUCACAAGGGAUUGUGUCAAGGGCUUAAUGCAGGACCUACUAACAGGUGGCAUAGACACCUCAUCAACCACAGUCGAAUGGGCAUUUCAUGAAAUUAUUAAAAAACCACACAUAAUUGAGAAGGCAACAGAAGAGCUUGACAGAGUUAUAGGAAGAGAAAGAUGGGUGGAAGAAUGUGACUUCCCCAAAUUGCCUUAUAUAGAAGCUAUAAUCAAAGAAACCUUCAGACUACAUCCAGUUGGUACGCUGCUCGCUCCACAUUUUGCCAUUGAAGACUGCAAUGUAUCAGGUUACGAUAUCUGUAAAGGAACGACAGUCCUUAUAAACGUAUGGAGCAUAGGAAGGAACUCCAAAUUCUGGGAUGCAUCGGAACAAUUCUUGCCAGAAAGGUUUUUGGACAAGAAAAUUGAUAUGUUAGGACAAAAUUUUGCUCUAUUACCAUUCGGGUCCGGUCGAAGGAGGUGUCCCGGGUACAAUUUGGGACUUAAGAUUAUUCGUUCAACAUUGGCCAACUUGUUACAUGGAUUUAACUGGAAAUUGCCUCAGAAUAUUAAGCCCAAAGAUGUAUGCUUAGAGGAGAUAUAUGGAUUGACCACACAUCCAAAAGUCGCUCUUGAAAUUAUCAUAGAACCUCGACUUCCACUACAUCUUUAUUAAAUAAAUUUCUUGUUCAGUAACUCACGCUGUAAAAUAUUAUGUAAUAA